GUAGUUAGAUCGAGAGGACGCCGAUCGAAUCGAGCAAACGGUAGCAUUAAGCAGGCCGGAUGAGCAAGAUGCUCCGGAUGGCAGCAGGUGUCUUCUUCUUCUUGUUCGCCGUUGCCCUGUCGUCGGCAGGCGCCGGUUCCGACGCGGCUGUCGUGGAGCACACUUUCGUCGUAACACAGGUGCGCAUGCGGCAUCUGUGCAACGACACGCUGGUGACCGUGGUGAACGGGCAGUUCCCCGGCCCAGCGUUGGAGGCCACCGAAGGGGACACCGUGGUCGUCCACGUCGUCAACGAGUCACCCCAUGGGAUAACAAUCCACUGGCACGGGGUGAAACAGAGGCUGUCGUGCUGGGCCGACGGAGCCGGGAUGGUGACCCAGUGCCCGAUCCAGCCAAACACGACCUUCACGUACCGGUUCGAGGUGGGCGACCAGGUGGGCACCCUGUGGUGGCACGCCCACGUCUCCUCCCUCCGGGCGACCCUGCACGGCAUCAUCAUCAUCCGUCCCAAGUCCGGCGCCUACCCGUUUCUCAAGCCCGACAUGGACGUUCCGGUCAUCAUAAGUGAAUGGUGGCAGAGAGACCUGAUCAAAGUGGACAAGAACUUCUCUACUGGCGGAAACUUCGAUGAUAACCCCGCUGCAGCUGCCAUCAACGGGAAGCUUGGAGAUCUCUACAACUGCUCCGGGAUAAUAGAAGACAACUUCGUUCUUGACGUGGAGCCCGGCAAGACCUACUUGCUCCGGCUGGUGAACGCGGCGCUCUUCUCCGAGUACUACUUCAAGGUGGCCGGGCACAAGCUCACGGUGGUGGGCUCUGACGCCAACUACGUCAGGCCGUACACCACCGACGUCAUCGCUGUCGGGGCCGGCGAGACGAUCGACGUCCUCAUGGUCGCCGACGCCCCGCCCUGCCAGUACUACAUGGCCGCCCUGGCCAACCAGCCGCCGCCACCCGACCCGCAGAUCCCGGUGUUCGCCUCCAGAGCGCUAAUCCAGUACACCAACAUUUCUUCCAACCAUGCCGCCCGGCACAGUUGCGGGAAAGAACCUCUCAUGCCUGACAUGCCGAGCCAGCACGACACCAUCACCACCGUCUACUUCCACGGCAACCUGACGGGCCUUCCUGGCCACCCGUUGCUGCCUCAGAUCCGAGGCCCCGUCCACGAGCAUCUAUACCUCGCGCUUGGCAAGGGCUCCAUGUGCACAGACAGGAACAAGACGUCUUGCAAGAGAGGAGGGAACCCGGAGUCCUUUGAGGUGGCCUACAUAAACAACGUCUCCUUCCAUCUCCCCGAGAAGACGUCACUCCUCGAAGCACGGUACUACGGCAGGACGAUGAACAACAGUGAUCAUAACUGGAACAGCGGCGUGCCCGUGGAGGACCUGCCCAGCAAGCCGCCGAGGGCGUUCAACUACACCGACAACGCGCUGAUACCGGUCGCAGGUAACGUGAAGUUGGAGGAGCUGGAGCCGACGCGGAAGGCCACGAUGACGCGGCGGUUCCGCUACAACACGACGGUGGAGGUGGUGUUCCAGAGCACGGCCACGAUGCAGAGCGACUCCAACCCGAUGCACCUCCACGGCCAUGAUUUCUUCGUGCUCGCACACGGCCACGGCAACUAUGACGCCAGGAGGGACGUGAAGAGCUAUAACCUAGUGGACCCGCCGAUGAAGAACACGGUGCAGGUGCCGAGGCUCGGGUGGGCGGCCAUUCGGUUCGUCGCGGACAACCCGGGAGCAUGGUUCAUGCACUGCCACUUCGAGUUCCACAUCGCCAUGGGCAUGGCGGCUGUGUUCGAGGUGGAGAACGGGCCGACGCUGGAGAUGUCUCUACCCCCUCCACCUUUGGAUCUUCCAAAGUGCACGCAGCAUGAAUAGUCAAGGGCCAUAGAUCAUGUGCUAGCAUUGGCCAUUUAGAGUAGAAGGACACGAAUAAGGUCACACGAUUAUUUUAAGACUGGUUAUACUUCUCGAUCAUGUAUUUCUUUAUAAGAGCUUUGCUUGGGGACACCUUCACCGAUUA